GUGAGCUGUCGUAAAGUGACGCAGCUGUCGUGAUACGCUUGUGCUGCUUUGACUGAACUUAAAACAAGUUAAAUGUCGAAGUCCUGUUUACUUAACGUCAAGACAGUUGAGUAUCACUGUUUUUUACCAAAACUGGCGACGUAAUCAUCAGCGAAGAUUGUUCCAGUUCAAGCUUGGCAGGGGUGUAUGUGGAGUCUGAUGAUGGGUUUCUGGCAGCCGGUGACCAACCUUAGAGAUUAUAUAUCCCACAAUCCUCCAGGGGCUACAUUUUUCCUGUGUCUGUUGACCUUGGCUAUCUCCUUCAUCUGCCUCAGCUCCUAUAGCUUCACUCACACUCUGCCUAACCCUGACAUAGAAAAGGACUGGAACCAUCUGCUGUCAUCCUUAUCUCAGUUUCAACUGUGUGUGAAAGCUAAUGCAAAUACAUCUGAGCUUGUAAUGCCAGUCCCCUCUCCUGUGAUGGAUAGAAACGCUUUAGUUAACCCCUCAAAGACACCUUCUCUCACCACUUUGCGUCUCAAGGUUCCCCUGACUGUGACUACAGACUCAAACAGUGGCUCUCUGAGUGAUCUUAGUUUACACACUGCCUUGAACGCAAGUCAGUUAAAUCUUGGAGGCAAUGAGGUUGUUAAUGUGACUCUAGAGUUUUUGUCUGGAAAUGAUACCUACACUUGCCUCACCAUAAGUGCCCCAACACACCACCUGCCUAUGAGUCUACUUCCACCAGAGUGCCCAGCAUCUGAGACAAACAUUUCACCCAUCCAUGUGGAAGCGAGCAACAAGCCGUCGACAGCAUCACAAACCUGCUACAGUCUACAAUCCAAGAAUGAUCCAACACUCACAGUCAUGUUAACACAGGAGGAGCAGAGCGUUGCUGUGCGACAUCAGCUGGAAGUCAGUGUGUGUCUGCUUGGAGUUUGUUUGAUACUCUGUGUAGCUGUGAGUCUGACGCAUUCAGUCACACGCCGCUCCCACUGGAAUGGUCUGGAUCUACAAAAUGAGUCCUUGAUUGGCACCUGAACAUUUUUCAUCCUCUGCAUCCUAAAGAAAUCAGUUGAUGGUGGUGGUCGAGAGAGAGGAGCGAUAUGUGUCACUAUCUUUUAAAGGGACAUCUCGCAGAUUUUACAAGAAAAACCAGUUUGCACAUCAUGCCAAGUACAACUCGGCCUGUGAAAACAGUUGUUUGACGUCCUCUGUAGCUCUGAAGGGAGCUUGUUAAAGCCUGAAGGUUAUCUCCACUUGUGUUUGGAGAAUAGAUAUUUAUGUUGCAUCCAGCAAAGUGAAUAUAUUUAAGCUAACAUUUUGAAUCCGUCUCUUACAAGUUUCCCAACUUUGUGAAAGUGCAAUUCUUUAUCAGAGCGUUCCUGUUAUAGGAGAUUGAAAUAUUUUACAGUAUCCAAGUGAGAAACAUGGUUGUGAUAAAGAAGGAGUAUAUUUUGUCAUGGGACCACGGUGUAAUGGGAACAACUCUUCAAUGACUGGUUAUACAUUUACUAUUCAGUACGGUUUGUGCAGUACAUGUCAUGUUAAUUUCAGUUCCCACAUUUCCCACAUUUAUUGGUUGCAUUCAGCUGUGUGAGAGCUGAACAUGUUAACUGUUUUUUUCAUUCAAAACUGUGAUUUUUUUUUUUUUUUUUUACUGUGAAGGUAGUGGUAUUAUAUACUGUUUUCAUGUCA